UUUACAGCAGCUCUGGAUUCGUGCAGAGGGAAGUCCAACUUGAUCAGUUCUCAGCUCGAGAGCAGGCAUGGCGACUUUUAGUAGCGAAUGUAAGGCCUCUUUCAACAGUAAAGAUUACCCGUAUGAGAUUGGACCCACGGAUGUGCUGGAGCGCAAAGGCUCUCUAACUCUCCGCUCUCAUGAGAAGAAAUACUCGAAGCAAGUGUUGGUGUAUUCCUGGCACCAGGACAGAGAAGCCUACCCCAAAGAUUUUGAUGUAGAUGGUCCUGGGCCAGUGAAAAAGCUGGCUAAUUCAUCAUAUCGGCGAUUUGGAACUGAUAAUCCAUGCUGGAUAUCAGAAACAAAUGAACAGAUGUCGCAAGUUCUUUUAAACAAAGACUUUGUGAAAAAGAAGAAAAAGACCUUGGUAAAUGAGAAUACAGCAUGCCUGGGGAUUUUGGAAAGGGACCCUGAAUUGCCUCCCACAGGCUUUCGGGAUAUUUUUAUGGGAUCCCUACCAGAUGAGAGAAAGCCGUGUAUUUUGUCAACAUACUCUGAUGAUUAUUCUCCACAGUAUGAUUAUCCACCACCUCCUUGUCCACGUCCAGAUGAGUACUCCAUAGUCUACAGGAAGUGUCGUUCUCAGUUCACAGACCUAAAUGGCGCCAAAAGAUUUGGCACCAACACAUGGCAUGAUGAGAGUGGGAUUUAUGCUAACUCAGAGGCAAAACAAAAACUCCACGCAUUGGCUGGCAAUCCUAUUCUCCCAUGUUAGCAGCAAUGUAUGCAGCAGAUAUUCAAGCUAAUGAAAAAUAACAAAUGUAACAAUUUAUAAUUUUCUUUAAUAAAUACAAAGUCUUCCAAUAUAAGGAAAUGUUUAUAUCCAUACUUUCAAGGGCUACCCUGAUGUUUCCCCACAUUUAGCAUAUGUACCACUAAUAUGAGGUACACAAUUCUAGAACACAACUUUGGCUGCUUUCUAUGUUGUGUGGAUUAUGCAUUUCUUUUAGCAUUACAAGAUGGAUACAACUGGAACUAUCCAACCUGUGAUUGUUUAGCAUGUAGCUAAUUUUUUAAGUGAGACAAUUUUAUUUCGUUUUGGUGGUGCUGGGAAUUGCAUCCAGGGCCUUGCACAUGCUAGGCAAACAUUCUACUACUGAGCUACAUUCCCAAUUAAUUUCUUCUCACUUAAAAAAUUAGUGACAACACAGUAGUUGUUGAUAUUUAUGCCAUAUAAUAUGUUUCAAUACAAGUAUACUGUAUACAGCCGGGUGUGGCAAUGCAUGACUAUGAUCCUAACACUCACGCAGAAUGAUCAAGUGUUGAAAGCCAGGCUAGGUCACAGGCUAGGGAGUAUAAAAAAGCCAAAACCCAACAAAACAAACCAACAAAACCAAAACUGAAAUAUAGAAUGUGUAAUGUUCAAGUUGGGUAAUUAGCUUUGCAAAGAUUUAUCAUUUCUUUUUGUUAGGAGCAUUCGAAGUUCUGUGUUCCAGCUAUUUUGAAGUAUGCAAUUAUUGUAACUAAACUUACCCCAUUACUUUAUAGGAUAGGAAAGCUUGAUCCUCUCUUCUACCUGCUUCUGUUUCCUGUCCUCUCUCUAUUCCACCUCUCAGUACCCUCCUAACAUGAUGACCACUAUUCUUCUCCACACUUUAAAGAUGAGUUUUAAGUGAAUAAAAUUAUAGGUUAUAUUUAGAUUUAAUGUAAGACUGAGAAUUAAAGUUUGGGCACCAUUAGUCCUACAGUGACAUUGAGAGAGAGAGGAGAAAGAGGAGAGAGGAGAAGAGAGAGAGAGUUGGCUCUGAUUUUUCCAUGGUACCUCGUUGCACUCCAUUUAUUAAAGGUAAAAUCUUUUGAGUAUGUAAGAUAGGUGGGAUCAGACAGUGAGACCUUCGGAGGUUGUUAGGGCUCAUCUAGGAUUAGACUGAAAGAAAUUUAGGACUGUAUUGACUUACUCUGCCAUAAAUUAGGUCCUUUAUGGUAUCAGCCACCUGGGGCUGCAGACAAAGUGGUUUAUACAAUAGAAGACUUUCUUUUUUUUCAGUUUUAGAGGCUGAAAAAUCUAAAAUGAAGUAUCUGGCAGGCUUUGUUUACUGCAAGGGCUCUACCUGGUGCUUUACUGUGUCCUCUGAUGGAGAAGAAGGGUGGAGUUGCUCUUCUCUUAUAAUACCACAGUAUAAUUGGGAUAGAUCCUGCCCUUCUGACAUCACUUAACCCUAAAUACUCUUAAACACUGUAUCUCCCCAGUAGUCAUGCUUGGAGCUUAGGAUCCUGCAUAUGAAUUUGUGCAGGACAUACAGUAACACCCACAGUAGACCAGGCUUCUAUUUAUAGCAUAUUCUGGAUGCUGGCUGAUUUUUUUGAGGUGAGUUUGAAGUUUGAGUUCUUCUGAGGAUGGGCUCUCUUUGUCAGUGUGGCUUUCAUUUCCUAUCAUUAUUUUGUAUAAUUUAUUUUAAUUUUAGUUGUGUGUUUGUGUGUGUGUUGUAUGUUGUGUGCAUGCAUGUGCAGGUUCUUAUUGAGACCUGACAAUCAGAUCCCUCUGGAGAUGAAGUUACAGGCAGUUGUGAGCCCCCUGAGGUGGGUGCUGGGAAUUGAACAGAGUAUUCUCUUAAAUGCUGAGCCAUCUCUCCAGUCCUGUAAUAUCAUUUUUAUUUGAAAAAUAAGUUCAUCGUCUGGAGAGAUGGCCCCACAGUUAUGAGAACUGGCUGCUCUUUCAAAGGACCUGACUUUAAUUCCUAAUAUCCACAUGGCAGCUCACAACUGUCUUGACUCUUAUUCUCAGAGAUCCAAUACCUUCUUCUGGCUUCUGAAAUAGUAUGUGAUGAUAAAUGCUAAUUAAGCACUGUAUACAAUUCUUUAUUGA